GUUACUUGGUCCUGCUGGUGUUUCGAAGUCGAUGAUGUGUUUCCCGAAUUGUGCCUGACUUGAUCGCAUCAGCUUAGCUGGAAGUCUUCGGCUUACCCGAGUCGCUGCUUGUCGAUAUUCUUCGUCUUCGCCCUUCGCUACUGCUGCUCUUCGAUUUAGUCAAAUGUUGUACAGAUGAUAGGAUAUACCAGGAGUCAUAUUACAAUAACUUCGAUCUCGUAGUAAGUUGGUUCUGUAAGAACUGUUAAAUGUGAACAUUCGUGAAAUAUUCGUUGAUUGUCAAUUCAAAUUGUCGAUUUGAAGGGAAUAUCCAAGAAUUUUCAGUUUUAUUCCAUUUUAAUUGAAUUCAUUUCCUGACGAAGAGCUUUCACCCACAAUCAAAAUUGACUCAAAUCUUCAGAUUAUGCUUUGAGCCAUGACUCAAUGUCUUCCAUUAGUGCCAAAUAGGCACUGUAGCAGGUCGAGAGAAGCUACAACUUCAUAGUUUUCAUCAAGAAUAGUCCUAGCAAUAGGAAUUUUAGCAUAUGAAGUCCUCUUUGAUGGUGCCUCUGUCAAAUGAUCGUAAGGGACCUAUCGUCUGCUGGAAGUGAAAAGGCAUGCUAGUCAUCUAGAUUGAUAGUGCUACUGACUCUCUAGUAGGGAGAACACACUAAAGAUUAUCCAGGCGUCCUAUUGAUUCACUCACUCACUCACUCACUAGAGUGAGUGAGUAUUGAUUCUCUCAUUCUCUAGCACCUGUUGUUCUCCAAAAACAAGAUGUCACACCUACUCGAUCCAUACAAGUACAGUUUUCCUGCCGCCAUACCUGGUGGGGGAGGCAGCUUGCCACCUGCGACGGCAACUAUGAUGUUUAUGGCUUGGCUUAGGCUUUUAUUCAGGUCGAUGUGGUCCGUCAAUAUUCGUGGAGCUCAGCGAGACUGGAUACUACAAUCACUAGAGUAUUUAAUGUUCAUCGUCAAUACAAUUUCUGGUGGAGAAAGUGGACAAUGACUUGAUUCCUCGCAACUAGAACCCUAUCUGUCUCUAAAAAGUGGGCGAACGGUGUGAAAGGGCACUAUGAAGCGGCGCAGGCGGCUCACAAUAAGCUAGUGAGUAAUGGCAACAGAGUGGAGACGGUGAUCGCAAGGAUGUCCGCAGCGAUGGCACAGUCGGAGCAAGCAAAGUUACGGGUUUUUGCGUUGGUAGUCUAUUUUUCGAUCGUCAUAGGCAGGAACGUAACAGAAAGAAAAGAAAGAAAGCGUAAAUAGGCAGGAACGAACAGGGAGUCUCCUACUCGUCUAUCAUUGAAUAAAAAUGAUCUCUAGGUUUGAAGAUAUUUAUAGUCUUGCUUAGGGCCUCUAAUCUCUUUAGCUGCCGAAUCAAGUGCAGCAGCGGCUUUCGCUAGGGACAAUGGGUUUGCCGUAGCUGCAGCAACGGCGGACGUUGGACCACUGGGCUGUGCAUUGUCGCUUGUGGGUUCGUUGAUGUUGAAACCAGUAGAGGUGGACGUGUCGGAGGAAGAAGUAGUAGCAGAGAAGCAACGUAGUGAAAAUAUGACAGGAGAAGAUGAUGAUGAUGAUGAUGAUGAUGAUGAAAAGCACAAUAAGGAAGGACAACAAGAGGCUGCAGUAGGCUUGAUAGGGAAGGAAAGUCCCACACUUGAAGGUAUAAACACAGAGGAAAGAAGGAACGACGGAGAGGCUGACAGUGCUUCACCAAAGAGGAAGGAAAGACUGCAGAAGGUAGGAAGAAAGGGGUCCGUAUUUCGAAGAAAGCCGCCUGACACCUCCAAAGAAUUUCUUUAGAAGUAAGUGAAUAGAGGACGAAGCACCAUUGAAAAACUUACUCCUGCAAAGAGACGAUGCCAAAGCUGAGCUGUGCAACGAAGUAGUUGCAAAAAA